AUGGAGAACACAUACGAUGUCUCUCGACCAGACCAGAAGCAGAGCGAUUCUAUUGCCUGGUAUGUCGUCCCUCGCGACUGUCGAGAUGAUGAAGUGGGAGUGAUGGAGGAACAAGAACAAUAUCUGGAAGAAAGUUUUUUUUUGAGCGAGUCUGGCAGACACAAGGUUGAGCCAACCGUCACGUUAACUGAGGAAGGCGCAAGUGUUAUCACAGAAUGGGACGCAAAUCUGUACAUGACUAGAUACUGGCCGCUCCUAUGUCUACUUGGGGCAUCGUUUGGAGCUAUUCAUCUAGUUUCGUGGGCAGGAUCUUUCCCUUCUCAAACAGAACGAUGGCUGUAG